CCUUCCCAAACCCAAUUUGGCCCAUUGAUGAUAAAGGGAUAACCUUCUCCUUCUUCCUCCACCGGAGCUCCUCUGCGAAAGCCAUGGCCGCCGACACCGCCGCCGCCUGCUCCUCUCUCAGCUGCAUUCGAGUAAUAGGAUCGUCCCCUUUGAUUCCCAACUAUGGAAAUUCAAGCUUCUCUAGAGGUUUCAAGUACCAUCCUCAAAGAAAUCCAAACUGCAGAUUCCAAGCAACCAAAUGUAGCUCAUCUAUGUUGGAUUCUUUCACCACUUCCAAGCUUCAUCUGUCACUGGCCUAUGCCACUGCUCCAUUAAAGCCAGCUGCUGCAUAUGAAGCUGCAAGGACUAUCCCCUUUGCCUUGCAAGAUGCAUCAAUGUCUGCCUCUGAUUUCAUGAACAAUGUGGCCUUGGCCGACCUCGACCCAGGAAUGGCAAAGCUUGCCAUCGGCUUUCUGGGGCCGUUUCUCUCGGCGUUUUCAUUUUUGUUUAUUGCGAGAAUAGUAAUGUCUUGGUAUCCUAAGUUGCCUGUGGGGAAGUUUCCAUAUGUUAUAGCUUAUGCCCCCACUGAACCACUUCUAAUUGCAACAAGGAAGGUGAUACCUCCUCUCGGCGGAGUUGACGUAACACCUGUCGUGUGGUUUGGAUUGGUUAGUUUCCUCAACGAGAUAUUGCUCGGUCCCCAAGGGCUGCUUGUCCUCCUUUCUCAACAGGUCAGCUGAAUCUUGAUGACAAUGCUUCAGAGAAACAUUUUUGUUCUUUUGUUCUGUAUAUGUAAUUGAUGUUCUUAGCUUAGCCUCUUUGGUUCCAAAAGGCAAAGAAUGUAAGAACUUGAAAUUCCUAAUGAAAGAAAAUUUUCCCCA